UUUAUGUAUAAUUUUUAAAAUGAUUUUGAACCAUUUGAAAAUAAUUUUACUGAGCUGCUUGAUUGUUGUCAAAUGUUUGGAUGUUGACCCAGCUAAAACAAAAGUUUUUGGACUAGGCUUGCAUCCUGAAAAAGCUGUAUAUCCAGUGAGAUAUUUUUUCAUUGAAGCUUAUGAUUCUGCUGGUAUAAGAUUGAACCACUCAGUGGGUGAGAAGGCCUUCAGUGUGCAAGUAGAGGGCGAUGUUGACUCGGGCACCUACUGUAGGGUUUGGGUGCAGGUUCUGGAUAGAUAUGAUGGCUCUUAUAUUGUCAGGUACCGGACAUACCAGACAUGCCACAACAUGCGUAUCAAUGUUCUCUACCUAAGUCAACAUGUCUCAGACUCACCCUAUAAAAUUUCUGAGCCAGUGUAUCCAGAGAGCUGCUACUGCCCUGAAGGGACCCUGGAGGAGUGGCUGACAGUGGCAGGUUGUCCAGCAUCUGUGCCGCAGGUGGAGGAAGACCUCGCACCCUUCCCUGCCGUGCACUUCAGUGAAGUGCUCAGAGAGGCCAAGGACCGAUACUACAGACCUGCAGCUCGCAGCUUCUGUCAUUAUGUAGUUAAGACAAAUGAGAUAUACCGCCACUGUUAUGGCCAGCACGUCGACUUCAAGAUGUUCAUGGACAACAUGCUGCUAUCUAUGGCGCGCAAGAUGGUCCUGCCUGACACCGAGUUCAUCAUCAACCUUGGCGAUUGGCCACUGGUCGAGAAAAAGCAGUUGCCGCCUAUACCCGUGUUCUCGUGGUGCGGGUCAGACGACACGGCCGACAUCGUGUUGCCAACUUAUGACAUUACCGAGACCACGCUAGAGAUGAUGGGCAGACAUGAUCACAACACCUGCCACCUGUUUGGCUGCUCGGAACUGGUCACGCCCUUGUCGCCCCUGGUUUUGUGGGACUCUCCCAUCGAGGCGGCGGGGCUGUUAGCGCGCUGGGGAGAGAGAGUGACGCUGGAUAUGUUAUCGGUGCAGAGCAACAACGCGGUGCCCUGGAGCAAGAAGAAACCCAUUGCCUUCUGGCGCGGUCGCGAUUCUCGUCAGGAGCGUCUUGACUUGAUAAGUCUUGCUCGGGAUCACCCUGACCUCUUCAACGUCUCCCUUACUAACUUCUUUUUCUUUCGCGACCAGGAGGAACAGUAUGGGCCGAAACAAAAACAUGUUUCAUUUUUUGAAUUUUUCAAUUACAAGUACCAGAUAAACAUAGACGGCACGGUGGCAGCCUACAGGCUGGGCUACCUCUUGGGCGGUACUGGUGUCGUCCUGAAGCAAGACUCUUCUUAUUACGAGCACUUCUACAAGCAGCUGAAGCCCAACGUCCAUUACUUGCCCUUCAAGAGAGAUCUCUCAGAUCUUGUCCAAAAGAUUGAAUGGGCUCGUGCCAACGACGACGCCGUGCUUGCAAUGAGCAAAGCUGGUCGGCAGUUUGUGCUUGAGAACCUCAUGCCUAAGGACAUCUUCUGCUACCAUGCUGUAUUGCUUCAGAAGUGGUCGCAGCGCUUGACGGAGAAGGUUGUCAUUCGGCCAGGCAUGGACCACGUGGCGCGAGAGGACAACGAGAAGCGCUUCGGCAGUUGUCAGUGUCACAGACUGUUGGGUCACGAUGAGCUAUGAUCCCACGAUGAGCUCGGAUGCUCGUUAUGAACAAACCAAAGUAAAUCGAUUCAUCUCGAGGAACUUACCAUAAUUAACAUUUUUUAACAUACCUUUAACUAUAUAUUGGUGUCUCGUUAGAUUGCGCCUUACCAAUUUAAAUACACGAAACUCCAUACUAGCAACAACGAACUAGUUUAUUUUUAGUUUCUUUAGUAUGUCUUUUAUUUCUUGGUUCAUUCAUGUAUAAUUUUAUUAGAUAUUUAAUACUAUAUUUUAAUAUUGCUGAUCAGGGUAAGCUUUAUCUACGUAAUUUAUUCAGUUCAUUUGGAUAAUUUUACUUAGUUCUGGUGUUGAGUCUAUGAGAGACAGAAUUGAUGCCACUAAAAUAAUUUUUUUAUGUCCGAUUUAGGUUAUGAUUUUAUGUCUUGAACAUUUUACUGAGAAUCUAAAGCAAUAAAAAGGCCAAGUAAAUUCGCCAUAUCUUCAUUGUUUCAUUAAGAAACGUUUUUAUUAAAGAUAUGGUGGAUUUAUGUGGCAUUUUCAUUGCUCUUAAAUUCUCUUUGAACUUGCAAUUUAAGUAGAUUGAUAAUACAAGUAUUUUUAUACGAUAUAACAUGUUGACAUUGUAUUUUGUAUUGUUAUCAUUACUCAAAUAUUAAGUACAAAACCUUGGUCAUACGAACUGCGCAUUUUCAAUCAGAAACUUACAUCAUUAUUACUUAGGCUUUAACAACGUGGUGCUUCCAAUUUUCUUGUGAUGUGAAUCAUUAACCUCUUGAAUCCUAAUGUUAAUGUUGUGAGGUAGAUCUGAAUAGCUCCUAUAUCCACCUGAUGUGUUUUACUGCGGUUUUUGUGCCCGAUUCUGAAAUAAAAGAGAUCAGAUAUCCCAAUAAAUUUUCAUUUUACUAGUGAGUGACACAUGUAUUUGACACAUUGAACUUAUGAAACUAUAGGAUAUAUACCGGGUACGUCGUUUCCAUUUAUGUAGCCGCAAUAUUUUAUUUUCUUGGUCCAUUCAAAUGUUUGAAUCUCCUUAUUUCUUAUGCUGUUAUAUUCAAGAUUUUUCAGUAUAUAUUGAUACUAACAGAUAGCUUUUUUUGUGACAUAUUGUUGAGUCUAUAGUGAAAAAACUCAUUAAACUUGAGUACGCCUGCCGGAUAGAUAUUGUAAGUACCGUACGGUAAAGCUUAAGCGAGGCCUGGAGGCUGGUUGACAAAAUUACAAAAUUGACUGGCGUUAUUGCGCAUCUUUCUUUUGUAGUGACGGGAGGUAGAAUCGGUAGAAACAAGAGAAUUUAUAUAAUCGGUUAAUUUUUAAUGUCCUUAUCUUCUUAAUAUUUCAAUCAAUUUGUUAUGUAUGAUAACGCUGGUAUGUAUGAUACUUACAAUGUUCUCCUUUGCCACUAUGACAGGAGCCAUCAUGUGACAGUUUCAUUUCUGCUUGCAAGCUGAUUAAUUAUGCUUGUAUAUCUCACUGAGGUUGUCUCGUGAGAUAUACUGUAGUGUUACACAUUUUACGAGUUUUAUUUUCUAAUAAAAUUAUAACUUUCUCGCUACCUUGGCAA